CCACUGCCUGGGGCAUACGAAGAAGGCACGCACAUGGUCCACCGCUAUGAGUUCGGUCUGGGGUCGGUGGCAAUGUGGUGUGAUAAAGCGGAUUUGGCGUGUUACACACCGCUGGUACCUGGAUCUGAAACCAAAUAUGUGCUUCCUGCGCAGUAUGAUGGACUCUUGGAGCGCAUGUUCCCGGAUAAGGAUAAGCGGGCACACUUCAAACGGCAGGUUGAGAAGUGUUUCGCUUGCGCACAGGCGGCGAAGUACCGUGGUGGACGCCUUCGAGUGUGGGGUGAGCUACAGUUGUCUGAGGAUGAAGUUGAGUUGCCGGCACGAC